GGCAAAGAAGAUGGAAGUGUGGAAUUCCCUACAGAGAUCAACGUGGAUAAAUGGAGUGAUUCUAAAUUGAGUGAUAUAUUACCGCCAUACAAAGACCAAUGAUAAGGGAAGUGUCAAAUAGCAGAAAGAAUAAACAACAAAGGGCAUCCAAAACAGGCAAAGAAGACGGAAGUGCAGAAUUCCACAGCGUGGCUGACUGGAGCCAUUUUGAUUUCAGUGAUGUAUUACCGCCUUUCGUAGAACAAUGAUAAGGAAAAUGUCAAAUAACAGAAAGAAGGAAAAAAAAACAAAGCCUCUAAUGGUUAUCAGUAGCACUAGACUGCUCAAUCUUAGUUACAAGAUACGAUCAUAUCAUAACAUGGACCAUAUCUUCAAGUUCAAAGCUGAGACCACAGCAGGAGGCUUUGUGAAAGUUCCUAAACCCACUGAAUCCAAAGAAGAAAGGGGCUUGUUCCAAGGCAAGAAAAAUCCAACUCUCUUCAAUUCCUACGUUUGGAUAUGUUAUGCUGCAUUGUGUGAAGAAGGCUAUGGUUCUGAUAUCUCUUCACAAUUUCAUGCGUCUUUAUAGUGCUGUCCUUCAUUUCGUAUGCACAGACAUUGAUCACGAGUAAAUGUGUUUAUUCCUUUUUCUUGCUGAACUCUUUUUUUUCU